CUCAAAUUAGUGGUAGUUAAUUAGUAGAAGUCAAAGGCACUUUCUAAGCUAGAGAUGACAGAGGAGCAAAGCUUAUAGAGCCGUGGACGAGCAUGUACAUCGACGCCAUAAGUGAUGCCCGAUUUGGCGGCGCUGUACAGGCACGCUACCAUAUCUAUGGCGAUGUGGAAAACGGGAUCGUCAGCGGGUCAAAUAAUAUGACUGUGCUAGAUGUGCUAGAUGUUAUCAAGGAAGAUGCCCUGUCAUGCAGGGCCCUUACGAACCUGGACGAGCGGGAAAUCGCCGAGUUCAAGGCUAAAGUGGAGGCGGAGCGUGAGGAUCAAGCCUGA